GUCCUACACAACAAAAGGCCGUUGGUUGUCAUUUUUAGAUGAUAAAUGUUAUUUAACUCUCACUUAUAAGUUCAGUUUUUUUAAGUAAUAAUAAAGAGAAACGGGAAACGGUUAUUUAGAAAGCAGCAGUUAGUUUCGUUUCUGUGUAAGUCAGCAUCAUCAUCGUCAUCAUCAGCUCCUCCUCAGUAAACCAGACGACUACAGGAAACUAUGGGUCCCGGAGCAGUUGCUGCCAUCACAGCAGGAGCAGUAGGAGCAGUGGGAGCAGCAGGGGCAGUGGCCCUAGCUCCAGUUGCUCUAGGGGCAGCUGGUUUCACCUCAGCUGGGAUAGCAGCCGGCUCCUAUGCUGCAGGCAUGAUGUCAUCUGCAGCCCUUGCUAAUGGUGGAGGAAUAGCAGCAGGAAGUGUGGUGGCUAUUUUGCAGUCUGCAGGUGCUGCUGGUCUGUCAGCGACCGCCUCUGCCAUUGUGGCCAGCAUUGGAGCUGGCAUUGGGGGUGGUGUUGGAGCAACUGUGACAUGGCUGACAAGGAUUAUACGCAAAAAAUGAAGGAGAAAAAGAAAAUUUCAUUACUUCUUCAAUAGUCUGCUGAAGACGUCUGUAUUAUACUCAUGUAUGCUAGCUAAUUAGCAUCUUUGUUUACUCUGAUAUCAUAUGGAUCAUCUGCUAUAUGAUUUAAAUUAAACAUCAAACACUAAUAUGCUAAUUGCACUAAUCUACUUUACUCUACACUAGACUCAUUUUGUUGGCUAGAAUUGUAAUACAAAGAACAAAGAAUCUCAAAAUGGCAAAAAAUGAGUGAUUCAUUUGCAUUUCACUUGUCUAGUCACUAAAACUACAAUCCUUAAAAUGUCUUUGUAUCUCCUCCUUGUGCAUGCAUGACCGAAUAAAGAAAUCAACUGUUUAAAAA